AAUUCAUCUUGUACUAAAACGAAUGCAAUCUGAAUUCUGUCGUCACUUUAUAAUGUGUAUACAGAUGUUUUAGGACCGCGAUAUGUUUUUCUUGUUGUUGUCUUUUGGAUAUAUUAAAGAUUAAAAGUGGGAAAGUCGAACUAGAUCACUAGACUCGUAUAUUAAAAGUGGCACAGCACAGUACAGCUGUUAACUCAAAGCACCGUUAUCUGUCCAGCUUAUCAUAAUUAUUGGUAUAACCUAGUUGUGAACUUGACCUGGUUGUGCGUUAUAGAGGUUUAACCUGUGGCGCUGUAUAAGUCGAGUGCAAUUUACGACCUGGAGCUGUCGCUCUGAGUAAAUGAGAGAACACGAACUCUUUCAGUAAUGUUUGAGCGGUAAUGUUAGUGGUGUGUGCUUUUAAACGGAGAAUAAUCAAAUGGACUUCACGGAGUGCUAUGGAGACACCUGUUCAGCCGUCGCGCUGGCAGCCCGGGAGGGGAAGGGUCGACGGGUGCAGAAGCUCAUCCAGAGAGGCUUCGCGGUGGACGUGAAAGAUAACCGGGGCUGGAACGCCCUGCACGAGGCUGCGGCGGCCGGAUCAGCGGAGUGUGUGCGGCUUCUCCUCCCCGCAGCCGUCAACUGCGAAGACUACGUCAACACUUUGACCCAUAACUCGGAGACUCCUCUUUACUUUGCCGCGAGGAAUGGACAUCUCCGUGCAGUGAAGUGGCUUAUCAAGGGUGGCGCAGACAUUAACAGGACAACCAAUGAACUCUCCUGUCCCCUCUUUGCAGCUGUAGAUGGUGGGCACAAAGAUGCGGUGGAGCUGCUGGUGGAAAAUGGGGCAGACGUCAAUGGGACUUACUCUGUGUCCGGCUGGUCUUGUCUCCAUCAAGCUGUUUACAAGGGCCAUACUGAGAUUGUGAGGUACCUGGUGAGCAUGUGCUCUCUGGAGGCAGUUGAUGACUAUGGGAUCACAUCAUUAUUUGUUUCUGCACAAUAUGGACAUCACCAAUGCUUAGAGAUUCUUGCAAAUGCCGGGGCGAAUGUGAACUGCCAGGCAAACGAUCUGGCCACUCCGCUCCUCAUUGCCGCUCAGGAGGGCCACGUACGGUGUGUGGAGCUUUUGCUGGCCCAUGGAGCUGACCCCAACCUGUACUGCAAUGAGGACUGCUGGCAGCUACCUAUCCAUGCUGCGGCCCAGUUCAGUCGUCUUAGUAUUUUAGACAAGCUGAUUCCAGUGACGAAGCGAGAAUGUGACCGGGGCGAGGAAAAGGUCAGUCCAGUUUAUUUGGCAGUGCUUAGCGGACAAGCGGACAGCCUGCGGGCCUUGCUAAAGAAGGGCUACAGUCCAGACGCCCAGAGCUGUCGGCAGUUUGGCUACAGCUGCCCUUUGGACAUGGCUCUGUGGUGCAACUCUUGGAAUUUGAACAGCGAGUGUCACCAGAUUCGUGAAAUCACUCUGAUGCUCUUGGCAGCGGGGGCUCAUGUGAGCAUGGGCAUCUACGCUUUUGCAUUACAAGGCCACAUACCAGAGCACCUUCCCUUGAUCCUAAAGCAUGCUGGCCUUCCUCGGGGUGACCGACUUCAAGAACUGGCCCACAGAGCCAUUGGUGAGAUGCAGAGUGCAUCUUUCUGGCUCCCCCUGCUGCUCAAAGCAGGAAUGGACCCCAUGCUGCUUCUCCAGGACAAAAUGCUUGAAGAAGCGGAGAACAGAGUGCUUAAUUUCUUUCUGGAGUUCAUUAAUUGGAAGACUCUGCCCUCCUCAAUGCUUCAGAUUCUCUCUCACCGUCGAGCAGAUGCCACCUGGACGCCACGGAAACAUUUCGAAUCGGUCCCUGUCCUCACCCACCUGUGCAGACUGGCAGUGCGGGCAGCGGUGGGCAGCAGUGCUCUAUCCAAGACGUCCUUCAUCAAACAGCUGCCCGUCCCCACGCUGCUUCAAGACUACCUUCAGUUCGGCGACGUCUCAGGUUUGCUUACAUAGCGGCCCGACUGUCAAGCGUGGCUAAUUAAGUUAUCUCAACUUGUUCCACUGCAGUGUUUUGUAUAUAAUGUUAAUAAAAUUUUAAUGACUGCUCAGUGA